GUUGGAAGUUCCACAAAUACACUCAAAGCUCUCCAGAUUGCUCUUGCCGAUACUGACACUCAGGCUAUUUACCUCUUGACUGAUGGGAGACCUGACCAGCCCCCCCAAAUAAUUUUGACUCAAGUCCAGCUUCAUCCUAAAAUUCCCAUCCAUACUGUAUCCUUCAACUGUGAUGAUAUAGAAGCAAAUAAAUUUUUGUAUGAACUAUCUACUGAAACAGAAGGACGGUUUCAUUAUUACAACAUUUAUUUGACUGAUCCUGAUGCUGCAGAGUUUAUUGCUAGUGAAGACAUACAUCUUUUGAAAAGAGAGAUUGAACAAGGAGAAAGAGACCUAGAGAAAGUGAAGACCUUGCAUGCUGAAUGUCUGAUGAUGGAUUGUUAUAAUGGAGAAAAUGAUUCAGAGAAUAAUACUCACAAGCAGACACAUACUGUGUCUUCUGUAACCGAACAUGUUGUAGAGCUGAGUACUACUCUUAGCAGUAGUCCGUGCUGUGCUUCAGGAGGGCCAGCACUGACACCACAUCAGCAAACAUGGCAAACCACUGCUGACAGUCCAGCCCAAAGGAAGAAAGCAUUAUAUGCAGAGCAAACAAAGACGAGUCUGCUGCGAUUCCUGAGCCAUAGCGUGAAAUCUAGGGAAGAAAGCCCAGAGGAAGGAAUAUCUCCUGAAAAAAAGAGUUUUUCUGUCAAAAAGAGCAUGAAAUGUGCAACCAUUUUCAAAGGCAAGUUGACAGAACAGGAAGCUCUGGAUCUGAAAAUGCAGAAAGCUGUGAAAAGGACAUCUAAAAGUUCUCUAGAUAUGUCUUCGGCUCUUUGGUUAAAGACUCAUGGCUUGGUUGCUAGGCGACUCACCAUCAUGGAUGCCUUAGCUCCCACAGCUGUCCCUCAUGGUACCAAAUACGUCCCAGUUCUGGACAAGCAUGUAGUUUCUAAAGUAUUUGAUGAGAUGUUACCGUUGGCCCAUGUUAGCAACGACAAGAAGCAGAUCACACUAAUUAAUCCUCAGGCAGUGAAUCUUGAUGCCUAUAAAGAGAAGCUGGAACAAGCAAUUAAAUCCUAUGAAAGGCGCCUGAACCUACUUAUUUGGAGAGCACUACCUCAGGAGGAAAGAGACAAAUUUGAAGAGGAUGGGCCAGUUCAAUAUAUGCAGCAUAAAGAAGCUUUGCUGGAGGUGUUAGAGAAUUUGGGAUGGCCAAUUUCCUAUGAAGAUGUAGUAUUAUUAGAAGAUGAGAUACUGGCAGCAUUAACAUAUAUACAACAAGCCUCUGAUCUUCAGGAAGCUACCAAAAAGGAAACUGAGAAAAGCUCAGACUCACACAUAAGCAACAACACAAAGAGACUUGAAGAAGAAACUGUGAAGUCAAAGUCUAAAAAAAGACAAAAAGGCCAAGUAUUUUUGACUCACAAAAGCCAAAAGGUGAUUGCAAGAUCAGAUGUCACAGGAUUUUAUUAUCCAGGAACUGUGGUAAAGAAUAUCAGUUCUACCUGUGCACGUGUUGACUUCAACAAUGGGGAGACCUGGAUUGUACCUGUGAAGUUCACUAUACCUGUGGGAGGUGCUAUGCCAUGCCCAUAUCUGCAGGUUGGAGAUUAUGUGUUUGCCAGAACUGGGACACAGACAGGAAAUGAAUAUUAUGCACCUGCCAUUGUCAUAGCAACACCAAAGAGGGUGGAAAUGGGUGAUAAACUCUACACAGUUCUGAUAUUCAACAACAGGAAAGAACACUGUGUAAGAAGCGGGCUUAUUAAAAUCAGCCAAACGAAGUAUGCCUUUUCCUGUCAGUACAUAAGAAUGGUACAGAUGGUGGAUUAUAUGAC